AAAAGCUACACCUCAAACCAAAGCCCUACAGCGCUGCUGUUCGGAUGGGAGCUGUUCGGGCUCAGCCUGGGGCACCACCCGGCGAGUUCCGUCCCAUGCAGGUCGCCCCUUGCGUGUUUCGGGGCGCAGCGACCACAGUUCCAAGCAGCUAUGGGGGUGUUUUGCGUGACGGGACCGCCGUGGGGUCACCCCGCUGCUCUGGAGCCGCUCAGCCCCCUCUCUUCCCAGCAGGAGGCUUGAGCAAGGCGGGGGUCUGUUUGUCCCAACGCGCCCGUGCGCGGUCGGCACCGUCUCCCCCGCACCUGCUCCGUCCCCGCCCGCCCCCGCCGUCGUUGCCGAGAGACUGAGCGCGGCCGCCGCCGGGCGGGCCCCGCCGCCGCGAUCCAGCGCGGGAGGGCGGCGUGCGGGGCUGGCACAGCACCGUAACACCCCGCACACCCGCGGGGACCCCUCCCGACCGCGCCAUGAAAGGAGAUGCUGGCGUACUCCUGGUAACAUCAGAGACAUAUUUCUAGGAAGGAUGAGGAUUUUUGAUGGCCUUUAUGUGCAAACGUACCUUUUAAGUCAGCUAUGAUUUGGAGGUUUCAUGAUUGUAGAUAACAAAAGUUAACUUCAGGAUGCUAAAAAGGAAACAAAGUUCAAGGGUGGAAGCCCAGCCAGUUACGGAUUUUGGUCCUGAUGAAUCUUUGUCAGACAACGCAGAUAUUCUAUGGAUUAACAAACCAUGGGUACACUCUUUACUACGAAUCUGUGCCAUCAUCAGUGUUAUUUCUGUUUGUAUGAACACUCCAAAGACCUUCGAGCAUUAUCCGCCUCUCCAGUAUGUGACAUUUGCUCUUGAUACUUUGUUGAUGUUUCUUUACACUGCAGAGAUGAUAGCAAAAAUGCACAUCCGUGGGAUAGUUAAGGGUGAUAGCUCCUAUGUAAAGGAUCGUUGGUGUGUGUUUGAUGGAUUCAUGGUCUUUUGUCUUUGGGUGUCACUGGUUUUACAGGUGUUUGAAAUUGCUGAAAUAGUUGACCAGAUGUCACCUUGGGGCAUGCUGCGGAUUCCACGACCGCUCAUUAUGAUUCGAGCAUUCCGGAUAUAUUUUCGUUUUGAGCUGCCAAGAACUAGGAUAACAAAUAUUUUGAAGCGUUCUGGAGAGCAAAUCUGGAGCGUUUCAAUUUUUCUUCUGUUCUUUCUUCUCCUAUAUGGGAUCCUGGGAGUGCAAAUGUUUGGAACUUUUACGUACCAUUGUGUGACCGACGACACGCAACCAGGAAAUGUAACCUGGAAUAAUUUAGCUAUCCCAGACACCCACUGUUCCAGAGAGCUAGAAGAAGGUUACCAGUGCCCACCGGGAUUUAAAUGCAUGGACCUUGAAGAUCUGGGACUAAGCAGGCAAGAGCUGGGCUACAGUGGCUUUAAUGAGAUAGGCACAAGCAUAUUUACUGUUUAUGAAGCUGCUUCUCAGGAAGGCUGGGUGUUCCUCAUGUACCGAGCAAUCGACAGCUUUCCCCGAUGGCGUUCAUAUUUCUAUUUCAUCACCUUAAUUUUCUUUCUGGCCUGGCUUGUUAAGAAUGUUUUCAUUGCAGUCAUCAUUGAAACGUUUGCAGAAAUUAGAGUGCAGUUCCAGCAGAUGUGGGGGUCCAGGAGCAGCACUACUUCAACUGCUACAACCCAGAUGUUUCAUGAAGAUGCUGCUGGAGGUUGGCAGCUUGUGGCUGUUGAUGUGAAUAAACCACAAGGCAGAGCUCCUGCAUGUCUACAGAAAAUGAUGAGGUCAUCUGUGUUUCAUAUGUUCAUACUAAGCAUGGUUGCUGUCGAUGUGAUUGUUGCUGCUAGUAACUACUACAAAGGAGAAAAUUUCAAGAGACAAUAUGAUGAAUUUUACCUAGCUGAGGUUGCUUUCACAGUUCUGUUUGAUUUAGAAGCUCUCCUGAAGAUCUGGUGUUUGGGUUUCACAGGAUACAUCAGCUCAUCUCUUCACAAGUUUGAGUUGCUGCUUGUAAUUGGAACUACUCUCCAUAUUUAUCCAGACCUCUAUCACUCUCAAUUUACAUAUUUUCAGGUUCUUAGAGUAGUUCGGCUUAUAAAGAUUUCUCCUGCUUUGGAGGAUUUUGUGUAUAAGAUAUUUGGACCAGGAAAAAAACUUGGGAGUUUGGUAGUAUUUACUGCCAGCCUGUUAAUCGUAAUGUCAGCAAUCAGUUUACAGAUGUUUUGCUUUGUGGAAGAACUGGAUAGAUUUACAACCUUUCCACGGGCAUUCAUGUCAAUGUUUCAGAUUCUCACACAGGAAGGAUGGGUGGAUGUCAUGGAUCAGACACUGAAUGCUGUAGGACAUAUGUGGGCACCAGUAGUUGCUAUUUAUUUUAUACUGUAUCAUCUUUUUGCUACUCUGAUUCUACUCAGCUUGUUCGUUGCUGUUAUUUUGGACAACUUGGAACUCGAUGAAGAUCUAAAGAAACUUAAACAACUAAAGCAAAGUGAAGCUAAUGCAGAUACAAAGGAGAAGCUUCCGUUGCGUCUACGCAUCUUUGAAAAAUUUCCAAACAGGCCACAAAUGGUGAAAAUCUCCAAGCUUCCUUCAGAUUUCACAGUUCCAAAAAUAAGGGAAAGUUUUAUGAAGCAGUUUAUUGACCGUCAGCAACAAGAUACCAGCUGUUUGCUGCGAAGACUUCCUUCAGCAUCUUCUUCCUCAUGUGACCACUCUAAAAGAUCAGCAAUUGAAGAAAACAAAUAUAUUGAUCAAAAGCUCCGUAAAUCUGUUUUCAGCAUCAGAGCAAGAAAUCUUCUGGAAAAAGAGACGGCAAUCAAUAAAAUUCUGAGGGCCUGCACUAGACAACGCAUGCUGAGUGGAUCAUUUGAGGGGCAGCCAGCAAAGGAAAGGUCAAUACUUAGUGUCCAGCAUCAUAUACGACAAGAACGCAGGUCACUGAGACAUGGUUCCAACAGCCAGAGAAUCAGCAGAGGAAAAUCUCUUGAAACGUUGACUCAAGAUCACUCUAACACAGUGAGAUACAGAAAUGCACAGAGAGAAGACAGUGAGAUAAAGAUGAUCCAAGAAAAAAAGGAACAAGCUGAAAUGAAAAGGAAAGUCCAGGAGGAGGAGCUGCGAGAGAAUCAUCCAUAUUUUGAUAAACCUCUUUUCAUAGUUGGUCGUGAGCACAGAUUCAGGAAUUUCUGCCGAGUGGUGGUACGAGCUCGCUUUAAUGCUUCUAAAACAGAUCCUGUUACUGGAGCUGUGAAAAAUACCAAAUACCAUCAGCUUUAUGACUUGCUGGGUUUGGUUACUUACCUGGACUGGGUCAUGAUCAUUGUUACUAUAUGCUCCUGCAUUUCCAUGAUGUUCGAAUCCCCUUUUAGAAGAGUUAUGCAUGCUCCAACGCUCCAGAUUGCUGAAUAUGUUUUUGUAAUAUUCAUGAGCAUUGAGCUUAAUCUGAAGAUUAUGGCAGAUGGCUUGUUUUUUACACCAACAGCUGUCAUUAGGGACUUUGGAGGCGUUAUGGACAUAUUUAUAUAUCUUGUGAGUUUGAUAUUCCUGUGCUGGAUGCCUCAGAAUGUCCCUGCCAAAUCCGGAGCUCAGCUCUUAAUGGUACUCCGCUGCCUCCGACCUCUUCGAAUUUUCAAACUAGUCCCUCAGAUGAGAAAAGUGGUGCGAGAGCUGUUUAGUGGCUUUAAGGAAAUUUUUUUGGUUUCUAUUCUUUUGCUGACUUUAAUGCUUGUUUUUGCAAGCUUUGGAGUGCAGCUCUUUGCUGGAAAACUGGCCAAAUGCAAUGAUCCUCACAUCAUCUCUAGGGAAGAUUGUCAUGGCAUCUUCAGAAUAAAUGUAAGUGUUUCCAAAAACCUCAAUUUGAAGUUAAGACCUGGAGAGAAAAAGCCUGGAUUUUGGGUGCCACGAGUCUGGGCAAAUCCUCGGAAUUUUAAUUUUGACAAUGUGGGCAAUGCAAUGCUGGCACUAUUCGAAGUUCUUUCAUUAAAAGGCUGGGUGGAAGUCAGAGAUGUUAUCAUUCAUCGAGUUGGGCCGAUCCAUGGAAUCUACAUUCAUGUUUUUGUAUUUCUUGGCUGCAUGAUUGGACUGACCCUUUUUGUUGGAGUUGUCAUCGCUAAUUUUAAUGAAAACAAGGGGACAGCUUUACUGACCGUAGAUCAGAGACGAUGGGAAGAUCUGAAAAGCAGACUGAAGAUAGCACAACCUCUUCAUCUCCCACCUCGUCCGGAUAAUGAUGGCUUUAGAGCUAAGAUGUAUGACAUAACUCAGCAUCCAUUCUUCAAGAGAACUAUUGCUGUACUUGUUCUGGCACAGUCCGUGUUGUUAUCAGUUAAGUGGGAUGCUGCAGAUCCAGUGACUGUACCCUUAGCAACAAUGUCCGUUGUUUUCACCUUCAUUUUUGUCCUUGAGGUCACGAUGAAGAUUAUUGCAAUGUCACCUUCUGGCUUCUGGCAAAGCAGAAGAAAUCGAUAUGAUCUCUUGGUGACAUCUCUUGGAGUUAUAUGGGUGAUACUUCACUUUGCCUUACUGAAUGCGUACACAUACAUGAUGGGGGCAUGUGUAAUUGUCUUCAGGUUUUUCUCAAUUUGUGGAAAGCACGUGACACUAAAAAUGUUGCUCCUUACUGUGGUUGUCAGCAUGUACAAGAGUUUCUUCAUCAUAGUGGGAAUGUUCUUACUGCUUCUUUGUUAUGCUUUUGCUGGAGUGGUUUUAUUUGGUACAGUGAAAUAUGGAGAGAACAUUAACAGGCAUGCAAAUUUUUCAUCAGCUGGCAAGGCUAUUACCGUACUCUUCAGAAUAGUUACUGGAGAAGACUGGAACAAAAUUAUGCAUGAUUGCAUGGUUCAGCCUCCAUUUUGCACACCAGAUAACAGCACUUACUGGAAAACAGACUGUGGAAAUUAUGCUGGUGCUCUUAUGUAUUUCUGUUCUUUCUAUGUCAUCAUUGCAUACAUCAUGCUAAAUUUGCUUGUUGCUAUCAUUGUGGAGAAUUUCUCGUUGUUUUACUCAACCGAAGAAGACCAGCUUCUAAGUUAUAAUGAUCUUAGGCAUUUUCAAAUUAUAUGGAACAUGGUUGAUGACAAAAGAGAGGGGGUAAUCCCUACCUUCCGAGUGAAAUUUCUGCUGAGGCUUCUGCGAGGCAGGCUGGAGGUCGAUCUCGACAAGGACAAGCUGCUGUUCAAGCACAUGUGCUAUGAAAUGGAGCGGCUCCACAAUGGUGGUGAUGUCACUUUUCAUGAUGUGCUCAGUAUGCUUUCAUAUAGGUCUGUUGAUAUCAGAAAAAGUCUUCAACUGGAAGAGCUGCUUGCUAGGGAACAACUGGAAUAUACGAUAGAAGAGGAGGUGGCCAAACAGACCAUACGCAUGUGGCUGAAGAAGUGCUUGAAGCGAAUCAGAGCAAAACAACAGCAGUCGUGCAGCAUCAUCCAUAGUCUGCGAGAGAGUCAACAGCAGGAGUUGAGCCGAUUUCUAAAUCCUCCCAGCAUUGAGACAACACAGCCAAGUGAAGAUAUGAAUGCUAUUAAUCAAGAUAACAGUGCACAGCCAGAGACGAGUAGCCAGCAGCAGCUCCUUAGCCCCACACUUUCUGACAGAGGUGGCUAUCGACAAGACUCUGGAGAUGCUGGGAAACCUCAGCGUAAAUUUGGACAAUGGCGCUUGCCAUCAGCCCCCAAACCACUAAGCCAUUCAGUGUCUUCAGUCAACCUCCGUUUUGGUGGACGUUCAACUAUGAAAUCUGUUGCAUGCAAAAUGAAUCCCAUGUCUGAUGCUGCUUCUUGUGGAUCAGAAGUCAAGAAAUGGUGGACAAGACAAUUAACUGUGGAGAGUGAUGAGAGUGGAGAGGACCUUCUUGACAUCUGAGAAACAUUUAAGUCAUACUACAACAACAACAACCACUUCAAGUACAGUCUAAUUUUCUAUAUUUAGAAUUAAAGACACUGUGUGAUGUACAAUUUCUUUAAAAUCAAUGUCAUAAAUUUUUUCUAUGCUUAUCCUUCUGCCAUAUGAAGCAUAGCACACAUUUAGGUGUUAGAAUUGACCUCUAUAGGCACUAACUGUACUUUAAGAAACCUGUAUACUAUAGCAGUACUAACAAAGCCAGAAAGACUAUAUUGCCUUUAGCAGACAGAAUAUUGAAAGAUUUCAUGUGGUCUGUAGAAUCAUAGUGAAAAUAUAUUUUGAUAUACACACCUCUGUGUUUUUCUUCAACCUAUACUGUACUUUAAAGUGGCAACACUUUACAAUGCAGGGGUAAUGUAUUUCAUCUUGUGUUUUCACUCAGUUCUUAUUUAGUAACGUUGCUUUAGAAAGAUUUUAUUAUUCACAAAUGACCUGAAGAGGUCAGCACUGACUUCAUGUUCAAGGGAAGUAUUUUUACAAAGUAGAGAUUCUAAAUUACAAUUCUAAGCUUUUUCUGGACCUUUUUUUUAAAUAUGCAAGAUACAGCAUAACUCAUUUUAAAAUCAGAAGGUGAAGGAUUGGCUUUUAAAAUGUAAAUAUCUUUGAGGUUUGGUUAAUUAUGCAAAGAGCUUGAUUUUCAUAGAGAAAACAGGGAAAAAAACCAAGAAAAAAAUACAUGAAAACUGUGCAUUUAAGCAUCCAGCAAAAGACCUCCACUUAAAAAACAUGGGUUUAUGCUUCAUUUUCAGAAUAUACUGGCUACAUAUAAGUGCAGUGUCAUUAUUCUCCUGUCAAUUGGGUCCCGUUUCCUUGUGUAGUUGUAAAAUAAUUUUCUUCUUGUCUGUGAUAAAAAUUAGCAUGUUGGGGAUUCUAAUUACAGAAUAGUAUUGUAUGUCUUUAAAAAUACAUUCAGUUUUGCCUGUAUAGGUAGAAGUAAAUUUUACUUACCCAUGUUACUUCUCAUGCUACAGCCCUGCAAAGCUAAGGCAUGACAUGUACUGAGGUUAAGUACCUUUGUCCCUUUUAUCCCGAUGCAUCAUAUUUUGAGAUGUUAGCCUUCAUUUAUUUUACGAACCACUAAUAGUGCUACAUUAUCGCCGGUGAAAAAGCAGCUAUUGCUUUCAUAAAAGUUUUUCCAGUGAAAAGCCAAUGCUAUACAGAUAUGGAGGUAGAGAACAAAAGCCACGAAAUGCAACAGCGUUUGUUAGUUUCAGAAUUUAAGGCUGUCAGAAAAUGUGGGGUAAAAAUGUGCCCUUCCCUCAGGGAAGAAUUAAGAGUUUGCAGAUUUUGUUCCUUGUCCCCCAACUGGGUUUUUUAGCAUAGCUGGGACCUUUGUGUUACCUUUGUUUCCUAUGGAAAUGAUAGUUUGCUCUAACAUGGCCUGAUGUGAGAUCUUCUAAGAGGCUCACAGUUUAUUUACAUCACCAGUUCAAAAACAUAUCCUUUCAAAAGCAGACAAAAGCCAGUGUUUUGAAAAAUUUUUCUUGCCAAGAUAUUAAUGUAGAACAGUCACAACACAACAGUGAAAACACACAGAUGCCUUCACCAAAAAUGCAAAAUUAGUUUUGGCCAUGAAAUACAGUUUUCUUGGCAUCUAUCAAUGUUUUGUUCCCAGUGUAUGGUUGAACAUUGUUUAGAUUUUUUUCUAAAGUAGUCAUACUGAACACGUCUGUAUUUUCUGGGUGUUUUAUGUGGUUUGGGGUAUAUUUAAGUUUAAAUCGAGUCAAAUGUAACUCUAUAGUAACAGAAUGUGUGCAUUCUCUUGUUUACUAGAUUAUGAACCAUCAACAAAACUUCAUAUGCAAAUCCAUUGUGUUCUGUUUUGUGCUUAAGUUAAGCUUUUGUAUAUACGAUAAAAAGAUAAAUAUUGGAUUUAUAAAAGAUAGUAUCUUUGAAAGUUCAAUAAUAUAUUGAACUGCAGAUCACUCUUGCUGCAAACCUUCUUUUUAAAAAAUCUGACAAACAUUUUUUCCUUGCCUUUCAAUACACUGUCAAUAAAAGUGAGUUGCUUUAAACAAUA